AUGCCUCCGCAAACUGUUUCUGGCUCAAUUGGCUCGGCAUGGCGCUCUUUCUGGCAUACCAUGACCUCAAAUGAUCGCCAUGCAUCCCACGACUCUCCUUAUCGAACAGGCCAACACGUCCCCCUCAAUUCAAGCCGCCAUGAUACACUCACUUCCGUGGCUACAGCCGCAGAAUCUCGUCCCGAUCUUUCCUCGCCGUUUGAGGAAGAAGAACUCUCCAAGACAAACUCUAAUGGCUGGACUGGUUCCCCAAGAGGUAUAGGCUCACCCAAUCGUCCGUAUUCACCGGGAAUGCGAUCACUCGUAUCACAAUCUAGGAGAUCGAGCGAUCAGGCCGGUGGUGCUGACGGCUCUGGGUUGGGCGAGAUACAAAUGCAAAGUUUCCACGACGGCGCUCCCCCUCCACCACCAGUCACCCAUUCCUGGAAGAAGAUUGAUCGCUGGACCGAGGACAAUUACCCAGAACUAUUCGAUCAGUUGGGUGAAGGCUGUACGCAGAAUGAUGUCAACGAGUUGGAGCACGAACUAGAUAUCAGCUUACCGCUCGAGGUUCGCGAGUCGCUAAUGGUCCAUGACGGUCAAGAGCGCGGCGGUACCCCUACAGGAAUUAUGUUUGGCUGUAUGCUGCUGGAUUGUGAAGAAAUUGUUCAUGAGUGGAGGAAUUGGCGAACCGUUGCAGAGGAGUACUUUUCAAACUCAACCAUCGUUCCACCUCAAAUCCCGUCCAAGGCCUUUGGAGCUUCUUCAUCUUCCGCCGGCCCCUCUCAGCAACAUCAAGCCUCUAAUCCAUUAUGGAGGCAGGAACUUAUAGACCAUCAAGAUUCGCAACCCCCUCGUGCUAUUCAGAAGACUUAUGCGCAUCCCGGUUGGAUCCCUCUAGCGCGCGAUUGGGGCGGUAACUGCAUCGCUGUUGAUCUGGCCCCUGGUCCAGCAGGUAAAUGGGGUCAAGUUAUUAUCUUCGGACGUGACUACGAUUGCAAGUAUGUGGUGGCUCGAUCAUGGGCGCAAUUCCUUGCUCAGGUUGCGGAUGAUUUCGCCAGCCCGUUUGUGCUUGUAGAUGAAGACACUGGUGAACUUAAGUUGAAGCCAUUCAGAAAACAAAACGUGGAACCUCCAUAUCUGGAAAUUUUGCGAUGGAGAGUGGAUCAGAGAUAUGGACGACGACCGCGCCGGAGGUCGGCAAACGGCUUGGGAUUGAAUACAAAUGUUGACAAAUCACGAAACUCUCCUUACGGCAGCCCAGCACCAAGCGAGGAACGUGGACGGUCUCCUCAUCGAUUUAGCAAUCGUGUGCAGACCCAAAGUCCCAAAACACAAUUCGGUGUCUCAAGUCCUCUUGCACGAGUGACUGAGGAGGCGUCGAGUCCAGUUACUUCUGCUAGCGACCGCGCUCAAGACUUUACAUCCAAAGAGGCACCGAUAAAGGAAUCUCCUGGAGAAGAUUUACUAGAGAUGGCCACUCCGGUGGUACAGAAUGAUCCAGUAAAAGAAACUUCAGGGCCGUUGAAGGAUAUCUCUGUCAAUGAAAAGACCUCGAAACAUACCUCGACUUCAGAUGCAACUCCCAUUGAUCUGGAGUCCGAGAAUUUGGGCGAGAUGAAAACAGUGGCGAUCUAG